AUGGUAAAAUUAGGACGCAGCUCUGAAGAUCCUACGAGUGAAAAGAGAGUGAGAUUUUCCGGUCAGGUUCAGAUUUUCCCUUCAUUGAAUGAUCCAAGUGAUGAGAUUGAAGAAGAAAAUUUACUGCGUGGCAAGCGAUUCUCAAAGUUAGAAGAUGAAAUUGUCAAAGAGGCUGGUUGCUGGAAAGAAAUAGGGAGGGCUAUACCAUACAGGCCUUCUACUGCAGUUUAUUCUCGUGCGCAAAUCCUGUUUCGAAGGAGUGAAUCGCGUAAAUGGACCGAAGAAGAGUAUGAGAUGGUACGAAAGUUCCAGAAAGAGCAUGGGAACAAUUGGAGGAUCUUAGCUGAUGAACUUGGAAAACAUCGAUGGCAUGUGAAGGAUACAUGGCGAAGGCCCAAUCAGAAUAAAGGACAAUGGACUCAAGAGGAGUACCAGAAUUUGUUUGAUUUAGUAAACACCAGUCUGAGACUGAAGCUUUCUGAAGAGAAGAAAUCUAACCAUGGGAUGCUACAGGAUACUAUUGCAUGGGGUGUAAUAAGUGAAAACUUGUCCACCAGAACUGAUGCAAAUUGCUGCUUGAAAUGGUAUCAAGGCUGA